UACCUUCCAGUACCAGUACCAGCAUCAGCAACACCACCACCCCCCAAGCAGCAGCAGCAGCAGCAGCGGCAGAAGAAUGCUCUUCGAGAAUCCAGCGGUUGCGGCCAAGUUGCCGUUUCCAUACAAUGUGCCGCCGCCUCUCCAGGCGGCAGCAGCAGCAGCGGCAGCUGUGCCAAAUUUAAGGUUUCAGACACCCAUUAAAGCGUUUGCCUGCCUGACAGCAGCCACAAGGUCAGUAUCUGAGAUGAAUGUCACAUCACUAUACGAGUACGCUGGCAAUCCCAUGGAUAACGCUGCCGCUGCAGCAGCAGCCGCCGCCGCCGGCCUCAUCGACCCACACCAUCACCAUCCUGAUCUGCACAACGCCCUGGUCGCUUCCAUAGCCAACAACAGUGUGGCGGCCAUCAAUGGCACUCUGACUACGGCUGCCGUGCUCAAGAGCGCCGCCGCUGCCCAGCAGCAGCAGCAAUCCCAGGUUCAGCAACAGCAGACACAGGGCUCCAUAGUGGCGCCCGGCCAGGAUCAGUCCCAGGUCGCAGCACAGAACGCCGCCAACGGGGGCGGCAAUCCCCAGCAGCAGCAGCAGGUCGCUGCGCAGCAGGCUGCCCUGGCGCUGCUCAAGGAGAACGUGAACGCCUCGGCGGCCGGACAGAAUGGCAGUGGUGGAGGAGGGGCCAAUCUGAGCAACAAGAGCGGCUCCUCGGGUCGCUCCACUCCCAGUUUGACUGGCGGCAGUGGCUCCGAUCCGGCCCCGGGCAAACUGUUCGUGGGCGGCCUCAGCUGGCAGACCUCCUCCGACAAGCUGAAGGAGUACUUCAACAUGUUCGGCACCGUCACCGAUGUCCUCAUCAUGAAGGAUCCCGUCACCCAGCGCAGUCGCGGCUUUGGCUUCAUCACAUUCCAAGAUCCCUGCACCGUGGAGAAGGUGCUCAAGGUGCCCAUCCACACACUCGACGGCAAGAAGAUCGACCCCAAGCAUGCCACGCCCAAGAACCGCCCCCGUCAGGCCAACAAGACCAAGAAGAUCUUUGUGGGCGGCGUCUCCCAGGACACCUCGGCCGAGGAGGUCAAGGCCUACUUUGCACAGUUCGGACCCGUCGAGGAGACGGUCAUGCUGAUGGAUCAGCAGACGAAGCGCCAUCGCGGCUUCGGCUUUGUGACAUUCGAGAACGAGGAUGUGGUUGAUCGCGUCUGCGAGAUCCACUUCCACACCAUCAAGAACAAGAAGGUCGAGUGCAAGAAGGCCCAGCCGAAGGAGUCCGUCACACCGGCCGCCCAGCUGCUACAGAAGCGCAUCAUGCUGGGCAGCCUGGGCGUACAGCUGCCCUCGGCACCCGGCCAGCUGAUCGGGGCCCGUGGAGGAGGACUGGCCAUGAAUCCCCUGGCCAUGCUGCAGAAUCCCACACAACUGCUGCAGUCUCCGGCCUCCGCUGCCCAACAGGCCCUCAUAUCCCAGAAUCCGUUUCAAGUACAAAACGCAGCUGCCGCCGCCGCCUCGAUGGCCGCCAAUCCCGCGAACUUUGGCAAGCUGCUAGCCACAUAUCCACAGACUGCGCUGCAACAUGUCAGGUAUGCACCUUACUCGAUCCCCGCCAGCGCCGCUACUGCCAACGCCGCCUUGAUGCAGGCCCAUCAGGCGCAGAGCGCCGCCGUCGCUGCCCACCAUCAGCAGCAGCAGCAACAGCACCAGAACCAGCAGUCCCACAACGCCCACGCCAUGGCCGCAGCGGCCCAGCAUCAACACCAGCAACAACAGAACCACCACACUGCCGUUGCCGCCUCAAACUCCGCCUCGCAGGUCCACUCCGCCGCCGCGGCCGCUGCCCUGGCGGCCAAUGCCGCGAACGGAGCCGGUGCUGCUGGAGCCCAUAGCCUGGCAGCUGCCCAGCAGGCGGCCCUUGUGGCAGCCGGUGGAAACCAACUGAACGCAUCUGCAGCUGCCUUGGCAGCGGCCGCCAAUCCGGCUGCCUACUCCAACUACGCCCUGGCCAAUGUGGAUAUGUCCAGCUUCCAGGGCGUCGACUGGAGUGCCAUGUACGGCAUGGGCAUGUAUGUCUAAGCUUAGGAGUAGGAGGGCUAUGUUUUUUUGGUAAUUUGAAUGAAACACACCACACCACACACUCCCUAGUAGUAGCCCCAUUAAAACAUUCAUACACCCAUAACCCAUAAUCCAGAACACACACACUCAUACACACUCAUCGAGACACUCAUCUGAAGUUGGUUUUCCUUUGAGUUCGGCUUAGAUCGUAGAGAGGUCAGAAGAUCCCUCACGCAGCAGCAGAUGGCAUAUUAAGUAUUAUAUUUAAGGCGCUCGCGACGGCGCUCAAUAAAUAUUAUAACUAAUUAUAAAAAUAUAUACAUAAACAAAUCAUAAGCAAUAUAAGCAACAGCAAACAAAAACUAAAAAAAGAAUAAGAGCGAAAAGCAAAGCGAAAUCAAGGAAAAACAAAAUUCAAACCAAAAAGCAAAAAUUACGAAGAAAAACAAGAAAAAAAACACAUUAAAAAACCACCGAUUGUGAUUGCGUUUAAAUGUAGCCGUUAAUAUAUAUAAUUUUUUAGUGCAUAAUAUAAAAACAAAACAUUAAACAUAAAAAUUAAAUAAGAAAAUAACAUUAAACAUAAAAACUCAGAACAUAAAAGUAAAUAUAAAAAAAACCAUACAUAUAAUGAAAGCAAAAGCAAGGCAUGAUGAAUCUUCAUAUAACCAAGCAACAAACUAAAUUUAAAAAAAAAAACCAAAAGGCGCUCGUUAAUUGAAUGUGUAUUUUUUUGGAGGCCUAGAACUCAACGAAAGAAUGAAAGAAGCAACUCCUGCAAAUGCAGUAUUAAUUACAUUUUGCUCAAGACAAAGAGUUAUAAAUUAAUUAAUAUACAUAAAACAUAACCAACUAAAACACACAAACACACGUAAACAUAAACUAUUAUUUUUAGUGGUUUAGUUUAGUUAUUGAGCUCGAAUUUAAUUCAUCCCCAGAGAAACACACACCAAACAUCACCCAUAAACACCACGCAGACACAUUGCCACUACUAUCUUUAACCUAUCCCUUCUCUUUACUCUGUUCUGUGUACUUAAACAUUAUAAUAAUAAUACUACAAACAAACAAAAAACAACGAACAAAUCUCCUAUGAUUUGCGUACUGUGUGUGUGAAUCUCUCUAUCUCUUUAUUUGAUUUGAUUUAGUUUAUAGAUCUAGUUUAGUCUCGAAUCAACUCAAACCCUCGAGCAUUUGUAGCAACUGUACAAUCGUAAUCAUUUUUGGCACUUGCAUACUAUGAUUUUUGGAUGAGUUUGAUGAGUAGUGUACACAUCUCAAAGCACUCCCCUGAAGACGGACGUGCUUUCGAAACAGCAACAGCAAGUCUCUUUUAAUUUUGUUUCCACAUUUUCUCCUUCCAAUCUAUCCAUCUAACUCCAUCUCCCCACUCAUAAACCAGGUAAAAACACCUAAUUUUGUCGUAGUUUAUUGUUGUUCUAUCAAUGGCACAAUAUUAGAUUUAAUUAUUAUUUUGUAAUUAUCUUUACCUGUAGCAUUUGCAUUUGAGUUUUGCAUUCGACAAAUACUUCAUCCAUAAACAAAAAAAAAAAAGAAAAAGAAAGAAGAAAGAAAUGAUAAAGGAAUCCGGAGACAUUGAAGCUCCUGGCUAGCUAUGUAUUUGUUUCAUAUAUUUGAUUCGCUUGCAUGAAGUUUAAUUUUAGUUUUUAGUUAUCAUUUUUGAAAGUAAUAUUUGCGUAUGUAAAUACCUAGUUUAUAUACAACAUUACACCUACACCUACACCUAUACAGAAACACACACACAUUAUAUUGAGAAACAUUUGAAGUAAUUUUGUGUUUAAUAAAAAACAAACAAACGAAACCGAAA